AUGGCCCGGGCAAGGCUUCACUCAUCAUCACCCUUCUCAACCAGAGACAGUCCCAGAGGUCGGCGGACUGAUGACAGCCCAUCCAGACAGCUGCAAUUUGAAUUGGAACGUGCUCUCGGUCAAAUUCAUCUGCACGAGAUUGAGCGUUCAAAACUCCACGCUUACCAAAAGCGCCAACAGCAGGAAGAGCUCGACGCCCGGGAAUCGGCACAAGCGGAGGCUCACCGGGUAGAGCUCAAUGCCGCCAAAGCUCAUCACGAAGUUGUACGGAAACAGGCUGAGGCUGUCCUUCAAGCACACAUCAAGCAGGAGGAAGAGGAACGACGGAGACGUGAAGAAGAGGAGCGCAGGAGAUUAGAGGAGGAAGAACGACGGAGGAGGGCCGAGGCCGAGGCGAAGGCACGAGCCUGGGAAAAGGAACAGGCACGCAGACGGGCCGAAGAGGAGCGAAAAGCCCGUGAAGAAAAGGAACGGCUGGAACGUGAAGAGCGUGCCCGCCAGGACGCCGAACGUCAAGCAAAGCAAAAAGCUGAAGCAGAGGAACGACAACGAAGGGAAGAGGAAGCAGCGGAGCAGAAGCAACUAGAGGAGAAAGCCAGGGCCGAGCAGGAGGCGGCUUUGCGGAGACAAGAGGCUGAGAAAGCUGCAGCAGCCAAAGUUUCAACACCACAACCCACGCCCCUCCCCCAAGGCAAAACCAUCAAUCCCACUUCAGAGAUUGAGACGCAACAUGCCAACUACCUAGCUCUCCACAAAAAGCUGAAAAGGUUCCGGUCAGAGUUCUGGGUCGCAGCCAAGAAGGAUCCAGCCUUGAAACCCCAUGUGGGCGACAUGCGACGGGCAAUUCGAAUCAGCGUGGGCCAAUUGACAGAUGAUAAGGCUGGUAACAAAAAGGCACACGACCGAGUCAGGUCUACAUUGCAUCAGGCUCUCAAGGACCGACCCUCGCCUCCAGUUUCCGUUAGCGAGUAUCUCCCGGCGCACCUCAAUUUGGGCGACAAUGGCACGAUAACAAUCCCGUCACUAGCGCUGUACCUCCUCUCCAUCUUCAGCAAGGCUGUUAUCGGUGGUUACGUGGGUGAGUGUGCUGUCAACCCCAAGGCGGCCGAACCCAUUGGCACGUUGGUUGCACAGAUCUUCUCGAUGCCUGAGCUACAGUUUUCCCGGAAUGUUCCAUCCACUGCCGACGCAACGCAGUCUUCAAAGCCAACCAGCGUCUCCCUCAUUUCGAUACUCAUGAGCAAGUUCCACGCGACGGCGCCGAUUCUAUUUGGCAUCUACGGGCGCGAAUCUACUGCUGCGGGCAAGCAUCGCCUCGGCUGGCGUCUUGAUAGAAUCACAGACGACCCCGACUCGAAGAAGGCCUUUGUGAAUGAAAACAAGCACUAUGACCGUCUCACAGGGCUGGGUGUGGGAUACGCCUCUAUCGCUCUCCGGAACUUUUCCAAAGCCAAAGUCUCCAACCCCUGGCCGCCAGUGCACUAUUGGGCCAGCCUCGCACACAUUGCGAACACGCCUCCCCAAGAAGUGCAGAUCAGCCAUAUGGUAUUGUUGAAGAGUAUGCUAGAGAACAAUGCGAUUGAACGAUUCGUGCUGUUUUUCGGAGCGGCAGGCGUUGCCGCCCUGAGGCAGGCCGCCGUCGACUUCCCUCGGGCGCUGCCGAAAGAUUUACAAGAUAAGCCAGCGACGAAGACGCUGGUAUUGAUGGUUGAAAGCUUGAAGAAGGAGAAGAACUUCUCGCUUGCAUAG